AGAGGGCCGCGAGCUGCAAAGUACGACGACGGGACAAGAACGGUAGCCUUUAAAAAAAAGAAGAAACUAAUUUAUUUCUGACCAGAGGCCCUGCUGCUUCAAGGAACCGAACAGCUGUUCGAAGCGAAGUUCUGUCGGUUCCUAUCGGACGGGUGGCGUUCGUUACUUGGAACUCUUGUCGGGCCACCUACGAGAGCGAGAGUGGGACUCUUCUGGGGCUGUUCGCUCCGUUCCCUGCGGAACUUUUGCCCGAGUGCCACCUAGUGCUCUGCUCUCUGCGGCCGGUGUUGUGUCUCACACCUAUCCGAGAUGAGGAGGUUUGGCUGCAGCCCGUUGCAGUUGCUGAGACCCGCCUUAGCCGCUAGCCUGGCGCUGUGGCUGCUUUUGCUUCUCGCCGCCAGUGAACAGUGCCACGCUGACGAGGCGCCCUUGGGCUCUUCAGUCGGGGCGGCGGCAUCCUACCCCUUCAGCAGCACCACCCGAGCGACAAACGCGCCGGCCCGGCUCCACUCUACAGUUUCGGCCUCGGCAAGCGAUCCCCCUUGCUGCUGAUGGCCGACGAGCCGCCGGUAGACGCGGAUGUCGACGAGGACGAGGAAGACGAUGCGAUGGCCGAGGCUGCGGCUGCGUCCAGGACCGGCGGUUAUCUGGAGAAGCGCGGUCCCCGCGAACCCCUGCGCUACGGGUUCGGCCUGGGAAAGCGCAGGAGCGGCCACGAACGCGAGUACGUGCCCUACGACCAGGAAAAGCGUGAGCGGCACCGCUUUAGCUUUGGGCUCGGCAAGCGGGACAAGAAGUCCAAGUUGGAAGACUUCAUGAAGCGCAGGUACAACUUCGGCCUGGGCAAGCGCGGCAUCUACGGAGACGCCGACGCGGGCGAGCGUUGGAAGAGGAGCUUUUAAAGCGAAUGGUGCACUCAUGCCAGCACCACACGUCCCGCUUCCCCUACCCACUAACACUCGUCGUCUGCCUACGUUCUCCUCAGGCCACGAGGAGAGAAAAUUGUGAAUCAAUCACUCGGAGUAAAGAACAGGCAGACCACGUGAUAUGCCUUGUAAAUCUACCCCCAUUCAUCCCUGGAACAAAAUCUCUACAGCCCCGCUAUAUCCUCCGCUCCUCAAUGCUCCUCCUCCCGUUCGCAAACCGUGCGUCGGCCAGCGGGCCUUCUUAGGCCUGCUUAAGCGUAACUGGUAAGACUAACUGGCAAGCCUAAACAUGUUGCCUGCUGAGAGGGCGUUCUUAAAAAUAUAAUAAAAAAGGAAUGGUAGAGAGGAAUAUUAACAAUGCUAAGUACUUAAGAAUUCAGCGUAGGCUCGAUCAUGUUCACCGAGCUUCGUCAGGCCCAGUGAACCUGCGCAAAGAUCUUCCCGCCUUCUUGUUCUCGCUUUGAGUUGCAGCUCUUGUGGGUCGUGGACUUUUCUUGCUUGAAGUCAGUCAGUUUCUUUGGCAGGCAAGCAGUUUUUCCGGCGAAAUUGUGAAAACGUCGCGUACGAAGCGAUAUCGUAUGUGACAUAGUCACAUGUCCUCGUCGCUAUGUACCAAUGUACGGCUCACAGCUCGAAAGGCUGUGGAGGAUGUUGUCCAAUAGGCUAAUCAAUAAACCCUGACAUCGAGGUUGCGAAAACAUAAGAAAAUAAGCUUGUGAAAGUCAUUGUAUGUGUGUGUGUUCAGUGUGGAAUAAAACAAGCUCAAAGCGAUA